AUGGAGGAGGCUCAGAAACAGAAGGAACUCGCAAAAGCUGAGAUCGAGAAGAUUCUGAAGGAGAAAGAGCAGCUGACUGCAGACCUGAGCUCCAUGGAAAAGUCUUUCUCUGACCUGUUCAAGCGGUUCGAGAAACAGAAGGAGGUGAUCGAGGGGUACCGCACGAACGAAGAGUCACUGAAGAGAUGUGUGGAGGAUUACAUAGCGAGAAUUGAAAAGGAGGCCCAGCGGUACCAGGCCCUGAAGGCCCACGCGGAGGAGAAACUCCAGCGCGCCAACGAGGAGAUCGCCCAGGUGCGCAGCAAGGCCCAGGCGGAGGCCUUGGCCUUCCAGGCCAGCCUGAGGAAGGAGCAGACGCGCGUCCAGUCACUGGAGAAGACGGUUGAGCAGAAGGCGAGCCCCCGGGGCCCCGGCCCCUGGACUAAGGAAAACGAGGAACUGACCCGAAUCUGUGAUGACCUCAUUUCCAAGAUGGAGAAGAUCUGA